AUGGUGCGUCAGCUGCACGAUGGUAUGAUGGCGCGAGUCACGGACAACGGAGCUGUCUCAGAGGCACUCGCAAUGACCGACGGAGUGAAGCAGGGAUGCGUCCUGGCACCUACCCUCUUCAGUCUUAUGUUCUCUGCCAUGCUGAUGGACGCCUACCGCGACGAACGCCCCGGGAUCCGCAUCGCCUACAGGACGGACGGUCACCUGCUGAAUCAACGGCGGAUGCACUUCCAAUCGCGCGUAUCCAAAACCACCGUUCACGAACUUCUUUUCGCCGACGACUGCGCCUUGAACACCAUCUCGGAAGGGGACAUGCAACGGAGCAUGGACCUGUUCUCCGCCGCCUGCGAGAACUUCGGUCUGGUCAUCAACACGCAGAAGACGGUGGUCAUGCAUCAGACGCCACCCAACACAGCCACUCCUCCCAACGCGCCGCCGCAAAUCAGCGUGAACGGAACCCAACUGCAAGUGGUGGACAACUUCACGUAUCUGGGUAGUACCCCUUCCCGAAGCAAGGAAAUGGACGACGAAGUCGCCCACCGGAUUUCAAAGUUCAGUCAAGCCUUCGGUCGCCUGCAAAGCACAGUUUGGAAUCGUAACGGUCUCCAACGGAGCACGAAGCUGAAGAUGUACAAGGCUGUCAUCCUCCCGACGUUGCUGUAUGGAGCAGAGACUUGGACAGUAUACACGAAGCAGGCACGCCGACUCAACCACCUCCACCUCGGUUGUCCUCAUCGAAUACUGAAGCUGAGGUGGCAGGACCGGAAGUGUAUGUCUCGGCCCCUUCACCAUGCCGCUCCUUUGCUGCAUGUGUGA